AUCGGCGGAAAUUUCGUUGUUGAGAUGUUUGUGAUUGCGCUGGGUGUAAAAAUUUGGUUUUGCGUGCGUAAUAAUUGUUCCUCUUGGAGGAUUUUGAGUUAAGGACGGCGUGCUGGUGGUUUUGGUGUCGUUAUGUUGGUGUCAAGUUCAGGAAGGUGUCAUGGUGGUCAAGCGUUAACCUCGCGCAACAAAAUAUUCUUAUUCGCGUUGUGAAUAGAGCUGUUUUUGGCGUGUUUUCAAAGUUCUAUGACUGUUGGAAAUAUUUAGCAUUUGUGUGACGACAUACUCGUGCAAGUGAGACAACCUGAGCGAGGUCGCCUCGAGAAUCACUCCGUUUCAUUUUACGCGAGUUUCCAAGUUGUCCGGUUGCUAAAUCCGUGUGAAACCGUGUUAGAAGUAAAUCUGUUGAUGGAGUUGACUCGCGGUCGUGCGCUAAUGUCGCGAGUGAGCUGUGAAAAAGUGAAGUUGAUGCGGCAGUGAAAUUGCUGAUGUGAUGACAGUUUAGUGGCGAAAAUGGCCUCAAGUUCUACUUUCGAGGCGAAAGUGCUGAUGGCCAAAGGCAAGCGAGCAACGGCCGCUUACAUCCACGCCGACUGCUCCAGCUCGCCGUGCCCCCAGCACCUCAACGCCGUCCUCGACAGCCUCCUCAACCCCGCGCGGUCCAUCGACGAGUGGGAGACCAUCGACUGGUGCAAAUGGCUGAUGGCCGGGGGUCGGACCCCCGACGAAUUCGCCAACACAGUUCGAGCGUACGACAACCAAACGACCUGUGGCCUCGUCUGGACGCCCAACUUUGUGGCCUAUCGAUGUCGCACCUGCGGCAUAUCACCCUGUAUGUCGCUAUGUACCGACUGUUUCAAAAAAGGCAACCAUCAGCGACACGACUUCAACAUGUUUCUGAGUCAAGCGGGCGGUGCGUGCGAUUGUGGCGACACCUCGGUCAUGAAGGAGACAGGGUUUUGCGAUCAACACGGCCCUGACAAAUCGGCAAAUAAGGGUAAAGCACCGAACGAUCUGAUGUGUGUCGCUGAGGCGAUGAUGCCCCGGAUUAUUUUUCGGUUUCUUUUACAUUUGAGGGAGAACUGUCAUAUGAAAGGUCCAAUCCAGGACGCGGAUGGUUUUAUUACCAUGUUGGUGGAUUUUAACAACAUGGGGGCGCUGAUGCGACGCGUGAUGACAUCAGCAUUGACCAAUCCGCAGAAAUAUCGCGACUUGAACGAAAUCCCCCAAAAUUGCGAUUCGGAAUAUGCCGCCUAUCUCACCGAAUCGAAACGAAUCUACGAAGAAGCGUUGGCUUCGUUAGCCAAUCCGGAACCGUUAGAAGAGUAUAAAGACUGUCCUUCGCUCCAGAGGAAUUUGGCGCAUAAGACGUUCCUCGAAGAACUUGUUUUCUGGACUGUUAUGUUUGAAUUUCCCGAAAAAGUCGUCUGUUUGCUCUUGAAUAUGUUACCGGACCCGGAUUACAAGGAGGCUUUGAUGCGCGCAAUUGUUUUACACUAUAGUCGCAUUUCGAUGAUGUUGGAACGGACGAAUGAUCCCGAAAACGUCAGUAAUCGAGUCGUUCACGCUAGCGUGCAAUUAUUCUCGAAUGAAAGUCUCGCGUUGCGUAUGACCGAACAAUUGAAUCUCUUACACGUGAUGGUGGUGAGUUUGAGGUACAUGAUGAGUAAGAUUUUGGUCGAGAAUAGUCUCCACGCCCCCGAAAAUAAUUUCCAUUACGUGGUCGAUUGCAGCAAGCGUGUCAUGACGGAUCAUUGCUAUUGGCCAUUAGUUAGCGAUUUAAACAAUGUGCUGUCGCACCGUCCUGUCGCGCUUAAAUUCAUGUCCGAUGAUAUGCUGAUCAAGAUGUGGUUUGGUUUCUUGGGCAUGUUUCAAGGCAUGAAUGUCAAUCAACGUGAAACUAAAGAACACGUUAAAUUUGAACCUAAUACUUAUUUCGCGGCGUUUAGUGCCGAACUGGAAGCUAGUGCUUAUCCAAUGUGGGCGCUAGUGUCGCAUUUGACGGAUGCGAGUACGGCCGAUUUGACACGAAAAGUGCUUUCGGCCUGUUUGAGGGAAUUGAGGAGUUGGCUCGAAGCGAUCAAUUUUACUUGUUUAAAUAUGAACGAUAAUCUACAAGUGUCGUUUCAUUUGCCACUUCAUCGCUACUUUUCGGUUUUUUUGUGUCAAGCUGUUGCCAAACAGGGGAUUACCUUGGAUGAGGUUUUGCCAUCGAAUGAGGACCUGAUGGUUAUGAUUAUGCAUCCACUGAGGGUUCAGGUGGCGUUUUACGAAAUUCUGAACGACUUGUGGGUCCGCAACGGUCUCCAAAUCAAGGGCCAAGCCAUGACUUACAUCCAAGGAAAUUUCUGUAAUUCGAUGGUGGACGCCGAUUUGUAUCUCCUCCAAAUCGCAUGUACGCGAAUGAAUUACAACGACUUCAUCUCUCUUAUUAUCGACAAGUUCCACGUAACCGAAUCUCUGAGUCUUGCUGAACGACCUCCUCAAAACCCCUACCUUAAACCCGAACAUAACAAUCGAAUGUUGGAGAGUUUCUUGACGUUUUUGGCCACUCUUGUAACAGUUCGGACGAAUAUUGGAUUGUCCGAAACCGAACUGAAUCGUCUCGAAAUGGCAACGCUGUUGUGUAUGAGUGAUCGGACGCAUUCGCAACUAAUGGAAUUGAUGCCGGAACGUUGUGGUACGUCUCAAACGCGCGAUUUUGAGACACUUUUGGCCGAACUGGCCGAUUAUAAACCGCCAGUUUUGGAUCCCAGUGGUGGUAAUUUACAGCAAGGGAUGUAUUCGGCUAAGCCACACGUUUGGGAGAAUUUAUACGAUCCAAUUCAUGUGCUGUUACGUGCCGUACAUCGACGUGAUUUCCACACGUCGAUGGAUCGCUACACGGAUUAUGUCAAAGAUGCGAAUAAAUUGAAAGGUGGGAUCAGUCCGUGGCUACCAUUCCGCGAACCCACCUCAUGUUCCAAAGCCUACGACGAUCCGAGACUGAUUUUAAAAUCAAGGGUCUUCCAUGCCGUUAUUUUGGUCAUUUUACAAAAGGCCGUUCGAGGACAAAUUCCCGAAGAUGUAACAGCUUUAAUUAUUUUCCUAUUGGAUCAAGCGGUGACCAUUAGCGAGCGAAAAGAAGAACAGGCGGAGCCAAAGUUCUACCACCACCAAUCAAAACCACUAAACGAUAUGAAUUUCGACAAUUGGUACUCGUCUGAUUGCAUUUUUGAAAAUUUGGCCACGCCCAUCGCUAAAAUUGUGUUAACCCCAGAACCUGAAGUCUCCCCCAUGACGUAUAGUAGUGAUAGCGACAUCGAGUGGGAAAAUUCGGAAGUUGAUACGGAAAUGUCCGAUGUUAAUCCGGAUGGGAAUAAUAUUUUGAUGCUGCAAGAUUCAGCCGGUUGGGACCAAUCAGGUACCGAUUUGAUGGUGUUUGUUCCGCAAGACUCCUCCCCCGGUUUUGAGCCGACCAAUCCCGUGCUAGCUCUCCCACCGUCGACGUCAAUGGACGUGGAUAAUAUGACUGUUGCCGUGACGACGCGUUCUGUUGUCCCCGCCCAUUCGGAACCGCCUGCACUUCCGGCGAUUACGGCCGGAAAUGAAGUUGCGAGACCUUGGACUGGGAAUGAGUUGGUUCCGUCAACGUCAAGCGCCUCGGGUCAUAGGAGGCCGUACAGGAGGCGGCCGACUUUGGAAGGGGGCGGGGCGACUCCGCCCACUGUUGAACUGAACGAAAGUAUAAUUUCGUUGUUGUUAAAGCUGCAUUCGCAAUUGUCGGGCGUUCCGGAUAGUUUUAAAGGGGAGGAGGAGGAUGAUGAAGGGCGUGGUUUGAUUGGCGACGGGCCGUUUUUUAUUGGACGUUUGUUGAGGAAAAUCUCGCGAUUGGAUGAGGAGUGUCGAAGGUGUGUCUUGGAGGCGAGGAUAAAGUUGUGGCCCAGUCAGGAAGAACGGGACGAAGCGAAACGACAAAGAGAGAAUCGCGAGAAGGAGGAAAGAAGGAGGAGAGCAAAAGAAAGACAACAGAAAUUAAUGGCAGAGUUUGCUUCAAAACAAAAACAGUUUAUGGAAGCGAUGGAAACGGAUGAUAACGUUUUGAAUUCGGACGAGGAGUUGUUUGUGAGUAAACAGGAGUACGAUUGUGUGAUUUGUAACCAAGCCACGCCCAGUACUGAGGAGAAACCGAUGGGGUUGGUUGUUUGGAUUCAAGCGACUAGUGUUAUCGGGCAUAGGCGGAGACAUGGUCAGUCAGUGUUGCCAACUUGUGAUGAUGAAAGAACGUCAUUGAGACGAGAUGAUACGUUGAGUGCCGAGUUUGACCGACGGUUGGAGGAAUUGAAUCAAUAUUUUGAUCCUAAAUCUUGGUACUUAUCAGUGAACGUUGGAUGGGAUGGAGGUGUUCAUGUGCAAACUUGUGGCCACCAUCUUCACCUAGACUGUCUUAAUUCGUAUUUGCAAACUUUGAGGUCACAACAACGUGGUGAGUAUUUUUGUCCGCUUUGUCGGCAAUUGGCGAACUCGGUCCUGCCCCUGGCGCCCCAAUUGGGCGAUUGUGCCCAAAUGGUUCGCUCGAAUCCUUCCAGUAUGUCGCAAAUUUUGGACGAAUUGAGCGAUUUUUUGCGUGAAAACGACCAAAAACCUAGUAAUACAAGUAUGGCGGAAGCGAUCGGAAAAAUAAUGGAAGUUAUGACAAGUAGUACACAAUUGAAACCGAUGCUUCGAUCGAAAAGUGAUCGUCCUAUACCUCAAAGUCUCUUCCUAUUUGUCACAUCAAUCGCUCGGACCAAUCUCGAGACGGAAUUGAGUCAACGAGGCGGGACUUUAGUGAUGUCACGUGACCCACCUAAUCCACUCCUACCAAAACGCGAUUGUAUAGUUCCUCUACUUCAUGUACUUUCGGUCCACGCUCGCGUGGCUCGAGUGUUGGCUAUGUGGCCGGCUUGGAUGACCUUCCAGCAGCUGUGUGGUUUGCCCCCGAAACCCCCAAGUGAUACGGCACUGGCGCCGGUCGAAAACGAAGUGCCGCUACUGCUCAGGGAUCCAGUGGCGCUUCUUUUGCAAUUUAUCCUGCUUUUGCCGCUACAUCUAGAUCAAAAUUAUUUCAUAACGACAGUCCAAAUGGUAUACAAUUUAUUGUAUUACCAAGUGGUGGCGCAGAUAUCCUGCGGUUUAACCGGAGCCGAGCGCGCCCGAGCCACGGCGGGCGCUAACGAAGGCAAAAUUUGUACGUUAACCGAUGCCCUUGCCCUUAUCAAUCGGUGUUUGGGACACACUGCGUUAUACAUGGAGGACGAUGAAGAGUGCACCGAAAAACCUCAAGUCAAUAUGGUGGCUCUUGAGCUACAAGUUCAAAAAUUAUGUCUGCCUUAUCUACGAAUCGCUGCUCUUCUCAAAUAUCACAUCUAUCAGCAAGCCUUGCCCGAUGUGAGGGCACCCGAGACCGAAUUCGUUUGUUUGGUGCAUUAUUUGGAAUUGGUUACUGAACAGGUCACGUGGGACUGUAAUGCCGCCGCUGCUUUGAAUUGGCCAAUCGAAACACAGAUGUAUACAGCAUCACCACAAUCGUGGUGUAACCAGUAUGCGGUUUUCGUUGCUAAAAGUCAGAUAGCAGCACGGUCGUUCCUUGUGGAUCAACACAUCACGUGGCAUCCGCCACGCCUACUUAAAUUGCCGAGGGAGUACGAGAAGAUUUUCACCUACUAUCACAAGAGGCCGUGUAGUCAAUGCCAGUCUGUCCCGCAAGAAACGGGCAUUUGUUUAAUGUGUGGCACCAUCGUGUGUUUGAAACAGUCAUGUUGCAAACAACAGAACAUCUGUGAGGCGACUGCGCAUGCGUCGGAGUGUGGUGCCGGCACCGGUGUUUUUCUCGUAGUUACAUCGACUUAUAUUAUUGUAAUAAGAAGGCACAGGGCGUGUCUUUGGGGUUCGUUAUACUUGGAUGAUUUUGAAGAGGAAGAUCGGGAUUUGAAGCGCGGGAAACCGUUGUAUUUGAGUAGGGAGAGGUACCAACUGUUGGAGCAGCAAUGGCUAGCGCAUCGGUUUGACCACAUCGAAAAAACGUGGAUCCAGCACGGAAAUGCUCUUUAAUUGUAUAUUUAUGAAUUGUGAUAAAGAUAAAUGAUGUCUUUUUUCGAAUGUUAUGUAUAUUUUCGUGGUGUUUACUUUUAUUCUAGUCUAUUGGUAGGUUGACUAACACAGGGCCUAAUUCUUUUUACGUAUUUUUUUUUUGUUAGAUUUUAGAGUGUUUUUCUUGUUGGGAGAGUUCAUCAAGAUUAAUUCAAAAUUAUUAUGUACAUAUUAGAGUUACGAUAGUAUUGUUCACACGUAAAGUGAUUUAUUUUAGUGUGGAAGUACUGUAAUGGCUUGUGAUAAUCACGUAGGUUUAAGUUAUGAUGUGGGUCAGUUCUAAUACGUCCAUAUCAGUGUCUUCAAACACAUGUGAAUUUGUUCAUACGCGCGCUAAUUAUUUAUUUUGAGGUUAUUACGAUCAAGGAGCGCCACGAAAUAACUAGCUCGUUCAUUUCUUUGAAAUAUCUGUAAAUGAUAAAUAAAUAACCUUGUACAUAA